GGUGAGCAGCGGCAGGCAGGCUGCUGAAAGAGCAGGCAGGAGCAGGCAGGGGGACGCUCAGCGCCAGGGGCUUUUCCCUCGCCUCCUCCAGGGGUACAAGCAAGCCCAGGGGAUUCGCGGCCCGUGUUAAGUGUGCGGAUUUUGGAUACUCAAAGGUCCCCUGUUAUUUUCCCCCGCCACACCAGGCUCCCUGAGCAGGGUCUCAGGGGUCCCACCCUGGAGUGUGCUGGCAGCGGGAUAACCCUGCCAUUACCCAGGACCCCCAAAAUGCGCCUGUGCCAUGGCUGCAUCCAGCCCAGGCUGGGUGCAGGACGGGUCUUUGAGCCCUGGCCAGCAGAAGCUGGGAGCACGUGGGAAGCCUCUGGUUCUGCCCCCAAGGUGCAACGUCCCCCCCGGAGCCUCCCCCCCUGUGCCAAUCCCUGCAAAAUCCUUUUUUCAACCCAGCACGGACGAUGGGAGGAAAUAACCCGAAACCUGGUGUUGAGGAAGGCGUGGGGGCACAGCUAUGGCAAGAUCCCACCCUUUAGCCCUGCCAGUGCAGGGGCAAGGACCAGUGUCCAUGUCACGGCGACGAAGCCGCAUGCGGAUAGAUGCACUUCCCAACCCACCCUUGGUGUUUUGGUGAGACGCUGCCGGAGCCGGUGAGGGAGCAAGGAGCCGGGCAGCCUCUUAAAACCUGGAGCACAAUGGGGGGGAUCCCCAUCCAGCAGCUGGGGGGCUCCUGCUCUCCCAGCCCUUCCCGCUGCUCGGGUGAAACGAGGAAAGGUUGGAAAUGAAAAACGGCUUCUUCUUUUUUUUUUUUUUUUAUUGCGCUUUCCAGCGAUUAUGGUUUUGAAAGAGCGAACAGCUGCUGAGGCACGGGGGAAAAGCUGCUUUUCCAGGGAAACUUCCCAAACGGUGGAGAAACUGCCGGGCAGUCCCAAACCAAGCACAGAUGCUCAGCAUCCUGCCAGGGAAACACUGCUGCUCCCUUGGCCGGUUCUGGGGUGAGAAAAGCAAUCCCUAACCCUGGCCCACGGCCUUGCCGGCUCUCCCUGGGAUGCAGGAGCAGAGCUGGGCUCUCCCCCGGACCCUUGCUCACCCACGGCAGCAUCUCGCAUCUUGCCCCUGAGGUGAGGACCAUGUCUCAAAGCCCUCACUCACAUACUUUUCUUUCAAUUCACUCCACCAGACAGAAAAACACCCCGAAUAUUACAUCCCGCCUUGCUCUGACAUCAUCCCACCUGGCUUGGGGCCAGAGGUUUGGGAAACAGUUCUCCUACACCCGUCCACAAAUUAUUUUGCCGUCCUGUGAUCCCCUGCUACCUGCAGCGACUCCCGACGAGCAGAACUGGCCUCGCAUCCCUUCGCGCCAGAGCCCGUGGCGGCUGUUUAGCCAGGUGGAAAGAGAGAGAAAAAAAAAAAAAACCCAACAAACCUCAAGUCCCAAAUCCAGGGAGAAAAUCCCCUUACCUGACUGAAGACUUUGCUGUCCAUCCUGUCCAUCGCGUGCUCAGACGUCAUCCCCAGAGCAGCCGAGCCCGUUUGCUAGGAUCUUGUGCCCCACGAUGAGCCGGGACCGGGAGAGCUUUAUCAUCUCUGAUCCCUGUGGAGGUAUGGGGGAGGCUAGCAGAGAUGGGGGGCGGCCGGUGGGGGUUCUGCUGCCCACCCCAGCCCCUGAGGUGCUGGAGAUGGUGCUGAGCCAACGCUACGGCCCCCUGCCCCACGCUGCCGCCAUCGCCCGCCUGCGCAAGCAUCCAGCCGGGGGCUACCAGCCGGCCGGGGACCUGGCUGAGAUGCUGGAGCGACGGCAAGCGGCCAACGCCAAGGAGCGUGAAAGGAUUAAAAACCUGAACAGCGGCUUCUCGCGGCUGAGGACCCUGGUGCCCCUCGUCCCCCGCGACCGCAAGCCCAGCAAGGUUGACACCCUGAGAGCGGCCGCCGAGUACAUCCGCCUGCUGCGCCUGGUGCUGGAUGAGACGGGGGGCUUCGAGCGGCAGGACAACGAUGCUGAGCAGGAGCUGGGUGACAGCGGGCAGGGGGACCCCGGGACCUGGCCUGGCGGUGUCCCCACCCCAUGCCCGUGGGGUCCCCCCGUCCUGCCCCUCUGCACUGGGCUACCAGAGGAGAGCGGGGGGCCGGUUUUCCCAACCAAUCCCUAAAAAAACCCGAGGUGUCCCGCAGAGACCCGCGGGGGAGUCAGUGUGAUGGCCAAGUUCAACGCUCCUCAAGCAACAAUUUUUUUCAUUUUUUUUUUU